AGUUAGCGGAGGCAUUAUCCGAGUAAAAGCUCAGAGCAAGGAAAACUCGUGUGGAGGUUCAGUGCUGAAGAAAUCACGACAACACACUCCAGCUUUUAUAUUGAACCUUCUGCUGCCAGACUGUUUAUCUGACGGACACUUCAGCUGCUUGCCUUUAUUCAGUAUAUAUUGGGGCUCAACUGUACAUUCCUCUACAGAAGCGAUCAGGAACGCUGGACUUUGUUAUUUCAGCUGAUAUUUCAUACACAAACAGGCCUGAUGGAGGAGACACAUGUUAAAAUGAGAGGAAAAACAAAAUCACUGAAGAGAAAAGACAAAAAACGUGUCACCUGCACUCAGUGUGGAAAGAGUCUGGCAGACAAAAAGAGUCUCACGAUCCACAUGCGGAUCCACACCGGAGAGAAACCAGUCACAUGUUCUCAGUGUGGGAAGAGUUUCAGAGACUCAUCAGCACUUAGUAGACACAUGUUGAUCCACACUGGAGAGAAAACACACAAGUGUGAUCAGUGCAGCAAAACAUUUCUUAGGGCUUCAGAGCUGAAUGAUCACCUUAGAGUUCAUUCAACUGAGAAGCCUUCAUGCUCUGUGUGUGGAAAGAGUUUUUCAAAUGAAGUAAAUUUAAGAAAUCAUCAGAAGAUCCACACCGGUGUGAGAGAGUAUGUGUGCUCUGAGUGUGAGAAGACCUUUGUUACAGCUGCAAACUUACAAAAACACCAGAUGAUUCACACUGGAGAGAAACCGUACAAGUGUUCACACUGCGACAAGAGAUUCAGUCAGAUCUCGCAUCAGAAAACACACGAGAGGAUUCACACUGGAGAGAAACCGUACAAGUGUUCACACUGCGACAAAAGAUUCAAUCAAUUAGGAAGCCGGAAAAUACAUGAGAGGACUCACACCGGAGAGAAACCGUACAAGUGUUCACACUGCAAUGAAAGAUUCUGUCAUUUAUUAAGCCUGAGAACACACGAGAGCAUUCACACUGGAGAGAAACCAUACAGGUGUUCACUCUGCGACAUGAGAUUCAGUCAGUUAUCACAAAUGAAAGCACAUGAGAGCAUUCACACUGGAAAGCAACCGUACAAGUGUUCACACUGCGACAAAAGAUUCAAUUGGUUAAAAAGCCAGAAAAGACAUGAGAGGACUCACACCGGAGAGAAACCAGCGAGAUUCGAUCAGUCGGAAAUAUUGAAAAACACACAAGAGGGUCACGUCUGAGACAGGGCUGCUCGAUUUUGGAAAAAAUCAUAAUCACGAUUAUUUUGGUCAUGAUUGUAAUCACGAUUAUUCAAAACGAUUAUCAGUUGAAG